AUGCAGUUAAGCAGCGGAUCUAUAUUUGCAAUCACAGGCGCAUGCUUUGUACUUCUAGCUGCUGUAUUUCUUUACUGCACUUUCCGCGAACCACUUCUGAAGAAAGAUUCAAGUAAUCUCAUCAAAUUCGUCCGUCAAAUCUUCAAGAUGAAUCGAAAUACCAAACACGGCCUAAUAUUUCUUGCUCUCUUGCUUGUCUGUGGAGGAGGCAUUGCCGUAUUUUUCGUUGUUUGGCUCAAACCCCAUAGUCAGAAUCAAUCUGCUACGAAGCGCGGGGUAGCGGCCUCACAGAAACAUGACAUCCAUAUCAGGAAUUCUCCUUUGAGUGAAGAGGCUACUGGGCACUCUAGUUUUGAAAAUAGCGGGUUCUCUCAGCUAUACAGAUAUCACAUUCGCACUUCAUCUCAACAUCGAAACAGACAUCGCUCUUUUUACCCCGAGGCGGAUAUAGGAAAUCUGAGCAGUCACUCCUCAACCGUUCCGAUCAGCACACAUAUUUCAACUAGUGUACGAUCGUCGCCCACUACUGCUAUUAGUGUUGCUCCUGCUAUCGAUAUCUAUUCACCCCUGAAAAUGGUAGCCUUAACUACUUUGUUAGCAGCGGGAGGAUUUCGAAGCUCUGCCAUUUCGUCCUCGAACCCAAGGUCUAACGGGAGUCACGUUUUGGCAACUUCAACGAGUGCGGAACCAUCGAUCACUUUUGGCAGCGGACGUAAGCACGUUCGCAAAUUCUGA